AGACGGUGAUAUGCAUUGAGGAUGAGUGGAGUCAGUGAAAACCCAUCUGACCCUGCUAGGGCAGAGUCACGAAAACGCAAAGAAUGUUCAAACGAACUUUUAGGACCCAGUCCCAAGAGGAGCAACGAGAAGCGCAACCGCGAGCACGAGAACAAGUACAUCGAGGAGCUUGCCGAGCUGAUCUUUGCCAAUUUCAAUGACAUCGACAACUUCAACGUCAAACCCGACAAAUGUGCAAUCCUGAAGGAAACUGUGAAACAGAUCCGACAAAUAAAGGAGCAAGAAAAAGCUGCAGCAGCAAAUGAGGAAGAAGUGCAGAAAGCUGAUGUGUCUUCAACAGGCCAAAGUGUGAUCGACAAAGAUGCCUUGGGACCAAUGAUGCUGGAGGCCCUGGAUGGCUUCUUCUUUGUGGUGAACAUGGAGGGGAACAUCGUGUUUGUGUCAGAGAAUGUGACCCAGUACCUGCGCUACAACCAGGAGGAGCUGAUGAACACCAGCGUGUACAGCGUACUGCACGUAGGGGACCACGCUGAGUUCAUCAAGAACCUGCUGCCCAAAUCUCUCGUGAAUGGUGUCCCGUGGUCCAGCGAUGGUCCAAGAAGAAACAGUCAUACAUUCAACUGUCGAAUGCUGGUGAACCCGCACAGUGAGAGCCAGGAUGAGGCGCAUGAGCACGAGCCACAGCAGCAGAAAUAUGAGACCAUGCAGUGCUUCGCUGUGUCCGAGCCCAAAUCUAUCAAAGAGGAAGGAGAUGACUUCCAGUCGUGCCUGAUCUGUGUGGCUCGCAGGGUGCCAAUGAAGGAGAGGCCCAUGCCCACACACGAGAGCUUUACCACGCGCCAAGACCUGCAAGGAAAGAUAACCUCCUUGGAUACCAGUCUGUUGCGAGCAUCUAUGAAGCCUGGGUGGGAGGAUCUUGUGAGGCGCUGCAUUCAGAGGUUCCAUCUGCAAAAUGAUGGAGAGAUGUCCUUUGCUAAGAGACACCAGCAAGAAGUGCUUCGUCAUGGCCAAGCUUUUAGCCCAAUUUAUCGGUUCUCCCUGUCUGAUGGUACCAUUGUGUCAGCCCACACCAAGAGCAAGCUGGUGCGCUCACCUGCCACUAAUGAACCUCAGCUCUACAUGUCUCUGCACAUUCUCCAGAGGGAACAAGCGGUAUGUGGCAUUGGGCAGGACAUGGGCCCUGGUAAUCAGGCCACUGGCAUGGCUCCUAAACCAAUGAACUCAUCUACUCCCUCCAUGACUACUCCAACCCCGGGCAGUCUGCCUGGCUCGGGGCCUCAGGGCCAAGACACUACCAUCAGCAGUAAUAGCACGCCUUUCUCCCCCCCUGGCCCAGCCGGACCAAGAGAACUAGCUGCCAUGGGGGGGCACAUGCAGGGUUACCGCUUUGGUUGCCCCCCUCCACACAACCACACAGGGGGCAUGCAACCACCUCAGCAGGGCUCUAACUGGAGGAUGAACAGCCCAUCGCGGGCUAGUCCUAGCCCAGCAGGAGGGCCUCACCCCCCACAACAGAACUCAAUGCUGUCACCCAGGAACCGAGGCAGUCCUGGGGGUGCUGGCAGCCCUCGUGUCGCCGGGGGCUUGCACUCGCCUUCACCUGUUAGCAUAUGUGGUGGAGGCCCUUGCAGUGCAGGUAGCAGUAGCACCACUAGCAGCCAUGCAAAUAGCUACACGAGCAGUUCACUGUCAGCACUGCAGGCCCUCAGUGAGUGCCACGGAGUGGGCCAUGGGACUCAUACACUGGGUUCUCCAGACCGAAAGAUAAGCUCACCAGCUGGGGUAAUGGCGGGGUCAGGGGCAAACACUCAUCAGAUGCCUAAAAUGGGAGGAGGAGGUACGCCUACAGGCGCGGGAGACUCUUUUGGGCUUCACAGCGAGGUAGGUGCAGGGCACUCAGAUGGCGGCCUAACGGACCCUAAAGAGGAGAGAGACAUCUCUUCUGAUGGCCAUGAUGCUCACAGCCGUCUCCAUGACAACAAGGGCCACACCAAGCUUCUACAACUCUUGACCACAAAGCCCGAACCUCUGGAGACACCACUGUCUCCAGGAGAGGGCAAGGACCCAUCAGGGGUCAGGGGGGCACACACAGGGGGAAAUACUCAUGCCACAUCCCUCAAGGAAAAGCAUAAGAUCCUACACCAGCUCCUGCAGAACAGCACCUCUCCUGUAGAUCUGGCCAAACUCACUGCAGAGGCCACAGGGAAAGAGCUGGGUCCAGACCAGCCACAGGGCAGCGCUGCAGCUGCAGGGGAACUCACGCCCAAGCCAGAGCCCCUCAGCCCAAAGAAGAAGGAUAAUGCUUUACUGCGCUACCUGCUGGACAAGGAAGAGCCUGGCCUGAAGGAUAAGGGUCCUAAGCUGGAGCCUGGGGAAGUGAAGGUGGAAGGGGGCAAACAUCCUAUGGUCAAAGCAGAGAAACAAGAUGCAGGAUACGAAAGAGCUGAACAGCCGUCAGAACUAGACGACAUACUGAAUGAACUGCAGAAUCCCCCAACUCUCUUUGAACAGCGGCCGGUGUCACUACCCAGUCCAAUGGACAAACAGAAUAUCAUCAAUGACAUCUUGCAGAUGUCUGAGCCCAACCCUGCUCUGGUGGGACAGCAGCAGCAGCAGCACCGAGCCAUAGGGCCAGGCAUGGGCCCAGCCAACUUUGGAGCUAUGAGACCAAACCAGCCCGGCAGAGGCCUCAGAAGUCUAUCUUUGGACUUGAAUGCCUCACCACAGCAGUCCUCAUUACAGUAUCCUAUGAGAGCCACAAGCCCAUACACCCUGAUGCAACAGCAACAAGGCAUGAUGGGAGCUCACAACAUGAUUCCUAACCAACCUGGUAUGGUUGGAGCAGGGCAUCCAGGUGGUCCACGAGCAGGCAUGCCACACCAAGAGGCCUGGGGACAGCAGCAGGGGCCCAUGCAGGGCAGGAUAGGACCUAAUGCUGCUCCUAUGAGACCCAACAGCCAACCAGGGCCUAGGCAAAUGUUACAAUCUUCUAUGAUGACAAAUGCCCAACCAGACAUGGACAUGCCUAUGGUUGGCCACCAUUUCUCACAGCAGCAGGCUCCUCCCAAUCAAACUGCUCCAUGGCCUGACAGCAUGAUGCCCAUCGACCAAACACCUUUUGUUAACCCAAACCGGUCAGUGCAUCCUGCUGCCCAGGAGGAGCUGCUUUGUGGGGCAGGUGAUGGUGGGCCAGUGGAUGAGGGGGCGCUCAUGUCACAGUUGUACACGGCACUUAAAGAUUUUGACGGUUUGGAGGAGAUCGACCGUGCCCUCGGCAUCCCUGCGCUGAGCCAGUCUAUAGAGCCGGAUCAGUUCACACAGGACGCCUCCAUGAUGCUUGAGCAGAAGCCGCCUAUGUACUCACAACAGUUUGGGCCGCCACAGUCCCACAUGUCCCAGAGGGGCUAUCCCAAUAACCCAAUGCAGGAGCCAGGCUUCCACCCCAUGCAAGGCCAGAUGGGUCCACGGCCAGGAUACCCCAUGAUGAGAAUGCAGCCACGCCCAGGUCUGAGGCCUGCGGGCGUCCCCAACCAGCCCAAUGCACUACGACUGCAGCUGCAGCACCGACUGCAGGCCCAGCAGAAUCGUCAGCCCAUGAUGUCACAGAUGAGCGGUGUGUCCAAUGUGAACCUACCUCUUCGAGCCAGUGCUCCAAACCAGGGGACCAUCAAUGCUCAGAUGUUAGCUCAGCGCCAGCGUGAGCUGCUCAGUAAUCACCUGCGGCAGAGGCAGCAGCAGCAGGUGCAGCAGGCCCAGCAGGUGCAGCAGGUCCAACAGCAGAGGAGCAUGGCCAUGAGGGCUCAGGGUCUAAACAUGCCCCCCAACAUGGCCGCCGGGGGCAUGAGCAAUGCCCGGAUGCCCCAGGCCAACCCCCAGCAGUUCCCCUACCCGCCCAGCUACGGUACCAGUACAGGCCUGGCCUCGCCACCUCCUCCCACCAGCCCCUUCUCCUCCCCUCUGUCCCCCAGCCUGCCUUCUAUGCCCCCCAACCCUCAGCUCCACAUGCAUGGCACCUCCUCUUCCUCCACCACCUCCUCCUCUCAGAUGUUGAUGGGAAACACAAACAUGAUGGGCGGACAGUAUGGGGCCGUACUCAGCCCCCAAAUGCAGCACAGUGCCUUUCAGUUUCCCAACUCAGGUAUGAGCCAGCAGACAGAUGCAGGAUUUGGGGGUCCGGGCACACCUCAGAGCCCACUGCUCUCUCCUCGUAUGACACACACUCAGUCCCCCAUGAUGCAACAGGGCCAAGGAAACACUGCCUUCCAGGGCUCCCCUGAGAUGAAUGGAUGGCCACAGGGAAAUAUGGCUGGGAACAGUAUGUUCUCGCAGCAGCAGCCCUCUCCACAGUUCCCCCAGCAAAACAACACCAACAUGUUUAAUGGCAACAGCAUGAACCCCAUGGCCAACAACAUGGCUGCUGGGGGCAUGGGUGCCAUGGGCCAGAUGGGAGCGCAGAUGAGUGGCACGUCUAUGGGCUCUGGUCCCUCCCCUGGGCUACCCUCUAUGGGCCAGGAGCAGAAAUAUUGUUGA